AUGGCCCAACUCAAUGCUCCCGAUGAACCCGUGGCUAUCGAUGAGAAUGUGCUCAUCAAUUCUUCUAGAAAUACCGACACAACCUCCUUGGCGACAUUUAUCACAAAUUAUCGUGUGGAGAACGGAAGACGCUACCAUGCAUUCGACACCUUGCAGUAUUAUCAGCCGAACGACGAAAUCGCCCAGGAACAUCUCGAUAUCUGCCAUGCGCUCUGCCUCAAGACCUUCGAUAACAAAUCUCACCUCGCCCCUUUGUCACCGCACAUUCACAUGGCUCUAGAUAUUGGUACCGGCACUGGAAUCUGGGCAAUAGACUUUGCCGACGAAUUCCCCGCAGCUCAAGUGAUUGGAACAGAUCUCUCGCCCAUUCAGCCUUCAUGGGUCCCGCCCAAUUGUAAGUUUGUAAUCGACGAUGCCGAGGGCGAAUGGGAUUACCCUGAAAACAGUGUCGACUACAUUCACAUCCGCAGCCUUUUCGGUUCUAUCAAGGACUGGCCCAGAUUUUACACCCAGUGUUUACGAGUUCUGAAACCAGGUGGGUAUAUAGAGCAGUUAGAAUUCUCACCCGGAUUUACGAGCGAGGACGGGACUGUUACCCCUGAAACCCCAAUGGGCGAAUGGGGUAGUUGGGGUCUUAAAGUUUUCGCCAUUAUAGAACGAGAAGUCUUGGUGUAUCAGAAAAUGGCGGGAUGGAUGAGGGACGCCGGCUUUGAAGACGUGGUGGAGCGGCCAGUCAAAUGGCCGAUCGGGCCGUGGCCGAAGGACAAGAAAUUGAAAGAGUUGGGCUUAUGGUGCCGGGCUCAUAUAGAUAUCGGCUUGGAGAAUUGGUCUUUGCGUGGUUUCACCGGAAUACUUGGUUGGACGGUCGAGGAGGUUACCGUACACUGUGCGAAGAUGAGACGGGAUCUGCGAGACAAGAAAUUACAUGGCAUUCAUGAGAUGGCUGUCGUAUACGCCAGGAAACCUGCACCCUGA